CUCAGUGUAUUGUCGUUUUUUCGGAAAUUGUUUACCUUAUCUGUUAUCUGUUUUAUCGUGGUAAUUUACGUCAUGGUGCUAAAAUAGCUAGUAGUUCAUAGCAUUGUGAUUAGUAUGUUGAUUCGACCAUCAUAGACCACCUAAUUCGAUAAAAGAAGCUACUGUGUCGGUUGAACAAUUAUAAGGUUGAUAAUAUUCAAGCCUAAAUUGUCCAAUUGUAAUACAUUACACAGGUAUCAUUAUUUGGUCCAGAUUUUUUCAGGCAAACUGAAGGUGACAACAUGAGUUGUUCAACGGAAUUUAAUCGGAUCAAAGCUGGUAUGUUUAGCCUACCAUUAUCCAUCAACCAACAAUUCUUUGAUAGAGAUCAUGCAAACACGGCCAUCAGACAACAUGAGACCUAUCUGAAAGAGAACAAAGACCGCCCACAUCGAUUUGCCAUUCGUAAUUUUCUUGCUGUCUUUCAUUUUAGACUAGGCAAUAUAUUUAAGGCAUGUGAAUACUUAAAAGGAACUAUAAAGGAAGACGAAUCAAAUAUAAAUGCCAUAUCAGAUCUAGCCUACGUUUAUCAAAAGCUGUACAAGCAUACAGAAGCCGAAACAUUACUAGCCAAACUUAAAUGUCUCACAGAACUGCAAAAGAAUGUGGAUAAUUCAGAACGAGAAUUGCUGAAAAGCAGGUGUAUUGCCGAAGCAGGAUACAUGUAUGCAAAUGAUCUAAAUAAGGGCACGGUUUCCACUGAAAAACACAACCUAGCACGUAAUAAGUAUACAGAAGCAAUAAGGUUAUCAGUUGGCAUCGUUGGCGAAAAAGAACUCCAAGAUUGGAAGUUUUAUCGAGGACUACUUUCCAGAAGCAUUUAUAAUAUACAUCUGGAUUUUGACGCCGGCAUCCACAAAAACGUUAAGGAAUUGUAUGAUGAGGCCAGGGACGACCUCAAGAGCAACCUGACCGCCGACAGUAUUCAUCGACAAGCGGAUGCCAAUAGCCUUAUAGGAGAUUUGAUGGCAAAACGGUGUUCCCGUGGCAUGUGUCCCCGUGACAAGAAAGAAAAUGGUAAGUUUAAGAAAUGCCAAUGCCGCAAGAAUGUAAAUGAUUUUUAUAAGACAGCUCUUCGUAUAGAUCCCAAGAACAUCCGCACAUAUGUUCGAUAUGGUCGCGAGUUAGCACACUCCCGUGAUUUUGAAAAUGCCUUACUUAGAUUCAAUCAGGCAAUAGUGUUGGAUCCGUCAUCUACAAAUUGGUUUGCUUAUAGUUCAAGAGCCGGUGUGUAUAUUACCAAAUACAAUCAAAGGAAAGAUAUUGGUUAUUUGCUUCUUGCUGAAGCUGAUCUACUUAAAAGCAUUAUGGGAAACCCAUCUCCAAUUGAUUUUGGAAGACUGGGGCACGUUUAUCAUAUGUUGGGAUCGAACCCUGCAAAUAAAUCAAGUGCAAUCGCCGAUGGUGAAGGAGGUCAGAAUGAUGUGGAUGGUGGCAAACAGUAUCUUCUCAAGGCACUGCACUACUUUAUGAAUGCAACAGAAAUAAAGGAUGGUAAUCUGCGAUCUGAUAUUCACUUUAAAAGAGGAAAGUGUUUACUUGAUAUGAAUGAACAACGUGGUGCUAUCGAAAGCUUUAAAAAAGCUCUGGAAUGUGAGCAGACAAACUGCAAGACACUGAAAAACAUUGGAAGCUUGAUACUUUCAUUGUUUGAUAUGUAUAAAAUGGCUGAAAGAGAAAAUGGCAAAGAAAUUCUUGCAGAAUUGUGUUUUUGGUGGCGUCAAGGUUUUCAGAACAAGCCUGUCGAUGACUUUGUCAAUAACAAGAAAAAUGUGGAUAGAAUGGUAGAACUUAUGAAAGCACUGCUUGAAAACCAGGAGUCGGAUCAAGAAACAUUUGUUAUAAAAUCUCUGAAAGUUAUUCUGAACGAAAAUAAACACAAAAAAGAAAGCGUAAAUAAACUGUGGUCUCAAUACACACAAGAUGAAGGUCUCAAUGGAAACAGUGCCACUGUGAGUGGGGAUUUAACUCCGGAGAAGAAAGCAUCACAAAACGAUGGAUGUCGAUUUUUUCUCCAACAUAAUGGGAGAGGAAGUGCCCAGGGCGGACAGUCAUUUUCAAACGAUACCACUUCUGCUGCUACAACUACUGCUGCUGAUAUUGCACCUGAUGCUACAACCAUAGCAGUCCAAGCUGGUUUUGAUGGUGAUGUUGCUACAACCACAUCAGUUACUAACACCGGUGCUAUUGUUCCUGUAUCUUAUGAUUAUAAUAAUUCUAUAAAGGCUGCUGCUGGUACUAGACUUACCGACAUUUCCACUACCACCCCAUGCAAGAAAUCUCUUAAACGGUCGGAAUCACGAACACUAUUAACAAUCGGUAGAGGGGGUAUCUGCAUCUCGCCAUUUGAAGAACAUCCUUCAAAAUAUGAGUUAUCAACAGAGCUGAAACGAUGUACCAUCGCUGAUGUUGUACUUUAUAUUUGUGAACAGCUUGAUGUGUAUGACUCUGAAGGGCCUCGUUCCACCAUGCCUCACUCACCAUCUACAAGUAAAAGUGGAUUUGACUACGAUUUCUUUGUUGUGUUCUCCAAAAAACAAAAGGAAUGGGUAUAUUAUACGUUACUUGCUCGACUGGAGCAAACAUACAGAUUCAAAGGAUGUAUACCCGACAGAGAUUUUACCCCAGGAGUGACAGUUUGUCAAAACAUCGAGAAUUCUGUUAAGACAUCUGCAUGCACAUUGGUUGUGAUUGACAAAGAGUUCUGUCAAGACCACGAGCUGCGUCACAGAUUGACAUACGCGUACUACACCAAUGCGCGACUAAAAAAACUCUUGAUACCAAUAUUGAAAGAGCAUCCAUGUGAAGUUCCAAUGGAAAUAUGCAACAUAACACCACUGAUUGCGACAUCAACAAUAAAUUUAUCAAAAUUAGCAAGAGAUAUUGAGAUAGCAAGUUUGGAAGAUAGACACGCUGUAGAUAUAUGUAACAAAUAGAUAUUUCGGUGUUCGGUCAUUUAAUUACAAUAUGAGUAGAUUUCCUGUAAAAACUGUAACGGUACUGGGUUUGGUCUACAGGAGUUCGUGCUCGAAAAGGUCAUUCUAUUUUUAGGAGAAACCUUUUGAUGAAAAAAGUGUACCUUUUUAGCAAGGUUUGUUUGGAGGGAACUAACUCCGGCUAUAUAAAAUUGAUCAGAAGAUUGAAAACUCUUAUUAUUAUUAAUUCAAAAAAUGUCUGCAGUAAAUUAUAUUACAUAUACAAAAAAUAAUGAUGCAAUACUACACAGAGUUUCUGCACACAUAAUAUGUAUUAUUAAUCACCGUUCCUUAAUGUGAAUUUCACUGCGUUUGUAUAUAUAAGUAACUUUGUAGAUACU